AUGCCCAGACAAAGGGAUCCAUGGCUUCAACACGGCGGUAUCUACCGACGCGUCAACGAUCUCAACGACUCCAGCUGGGUACAAAGCCCAAGUCCAGAAAUGGCUGGGGAUGCGACGAUGCCUGUUUUGCCCGUCGUGCCUGUUUUUUUGGAGAAGGACAGGGAGGGGAGGGUAAGGGGUGCUGGUGGAGUUUCGACGCCGAGUGGUAGCAGGUCGAUGGGUAGCAAAAUUUCACCCAUGUCAAGUGGUGUUUCACCCGUGUCAAGUGGGGCGUCCAGUGGGGUCUCGCCAAUGACGAAUGACAGACGGGUAUCAGAGCCACGGGAGACGAGGAACAAUAGUGGGCGUGCGCACGGCUCGAUUUGGAGGGCGGUCAAGCGGUGGUUUUCACUCUCCCCAAACACCCGCCUCCCACCCACAAUCGACCCCGACGAAAUCUUCCACUCCCUCCGCUCUCCCAGGGGAACACCCCACCCCGAACGCUGGAUCCCAGGCCUAGUCCACCCAGCCCUCCCACCGCGCCCAUCCCGGUGGACCGACCCCAUCCCCGGCCAACCCCUCCCCUUCCCCUGGGAAUGCCAACUAAACCCCUUCAUGGUACAUCUCCUCACAGGCCCACCCCGCCUCUCCUGGUCCAUCGCCCACACACCAACAACAUCCAUCACCUACGGGCACACCGAAUCCUGCAUCCCACUCACCCUCGCGGACCUCCACCAACCCGCCACCUUCCCCUUCGUAACCCAUUUCUACAUCAACGGACUGGCGGACGACUCGGCUCCCCAUUUCCCGUGGCCCGUUAUGGUGAUUAACCAUAGAGGCGUCAAGUAUGUUGGGGCGGAUGAGCGGGAGAGGUGGAGUGGGACUAGGAAGGUGCAGGCUGAUGAGGCAUAUGCGAGGAGGUUGAGGGCGGAGGGGGUGCAGAGGGGACAACAGGGUCGGCAGGACCCAAUGAAGAGGGUGGAUUACCUUGGGCAGCAGGUUAUGUUUAGGGGGUUGGAGCCUAAUCCAGAUGGGGAGGGUUGGAUGUUGUUCUUGGGUCUUGGUUGAAUGAAUUUUGCUUUUUUCUUUUUCUUUGUUUUUUUUAUUGUUAUCGCUCUCUCAUUCAUUCAUGCAUUGCAUUUGGAUCCUCUUCAUCUCUGGCAAGAUCACUAUUAUCAUAUUCUACAUAGUUUGUGCAACAUCAGAAUAUAUACCUGCAUCAUCACCUCCU